AUGCAACCUUCUCCGUAUCGAGGACAGCCAACGCCCGAGGUGGAGGAAGCUUGGAUCAGAUUAUGGCGCUUGCCAAUGAUACAAUUUCCAGAGAGCAAAUUGCCCGCACUCAACAAGAGCGACGCAACACAGUACAUGCACGCGUCCCAAGACUACGGCGGUGGUGUUUUGGGCUUCUUCCACGUAUUCCACGAGCUGCACUGUUUGAACAUGAUUCGGCAAUACACGUACCGUCAGACUUACGAUUACAGCAAUGUCACGGCAUUUCGUGCACCGGAAGAGAUAGUUCGCGGCCACGUCGACCACUGCAUCGAAACGCUUCGGAAACAGUUGAUGUGCACCAGCGAUGUCACGCCAGUGCUGUUUGUCAAAGACGAUUCACGGCCAUCGGGAAUGAAGAGUGAUUUCAACGUCAAAAGGAAGUGUCGUGAUUUCGGUAAGAUUCAGGAUUGGGCAUUGGAGAACUUAGCUCAGCCACCGGAACGUCACCAAGCAGACCAGGUGGAGAGUUUGGUUGAACUAGUUCACAUUUAG